UAUGGACCGGAUGUAUUAAUUGCAAAUAAAAUGGAAUCCUAUGGCGAAAAGUGACAGGUUCAUGAUAGCGAAGUUACUAAAUAAUUGCUUUAGUAAGAUUAUGAAGAUAUUUAUUCUUUUACCUUAAAUACCAAAGUUACGCUUAAUGCAAUUAAUAAGAGUAUAGAUGGCUACAUCAUUGAAAAUUUGGCAAUAGAUGAUUUUCCAUCAAAUUAGAUUAAUUCUUAAUAAAUUGAUUUAUUGA